CAGCAGGUGCCAUUCACGUGCACGUGCCCGUACCGUGAUGGUGGUGAUACGUAGUACGGUGUUCUUACUGUCGGUCAAAUUCAUCGUUUCAGUGCACCGUCAGCUGAAGCGGCAACACUCGGGGCUGCCCCAGAUGGAGUCCCUGUCGCGGUUCAGCAGCAUUCCGAUGGUGGAGACCGGCAUUAAGACCGCCGGCACGGUCUACAAGCGCGUGAAGACGAGCAACGGGCUGCUGACCUGGGGCUUCGAGACGGCCGAGUCGAUCACUUACGCGCUGCUCGAUUCACUUCGACCAGCCACCAAAAUGAUCGAGGGUCCACUGCACCAGCUGGACAGUAUCAUGUGCAAGAGCCUCGAUCUUGUCGAGCAGAAGGUGCCUUCGAUGUAUCUCCCACCGGAAAUGAUGUUUUGGAACACGAAGGAGUACAUGAACGAUCAUCUCAUGAAACCGGUGCUUUCGAGGGCCAACUCUAUGAAGAACCUGGGCCAUGCCGUACUCGAGUCCCGUGUGUCGAACCGUGUGGCCGACCGGAUCGACGGAGCUCUGGUCGUGUGCGACAAGUACGUCGAACGGUACCUUCCGACCGAACCGCAGGAUCUGCCCGAUUCUGCAACCUGCACCCCCGCCCAGCCGAAAGACUCGAACGAAAUGCACGUCGUGCAAACCUUCCAUCGUGGUCAGCAAUUUUCGCGCAAACUUAAACGUCGCCUUACGUUCCGCACACGCCAGGAACUGAGCGCCCUCAAGAAACAGAGUACCGAAGCGGUGCACGUCGUGGCGUACGCGGCCGAGCUGAUCGCUACCAAUCCCCGGCUCGCGAUGCAGAAGGCGAUCGAGCUAUGGCGUUACCUCAGCAAAGACGAACCCGAAAACCAGGCCCGCCCACAAACGCUCGAACAGGUGGCCGUGCUGUUGACGCGCGAAUCCGCCCGCAAGAUGGUGCACCUGAUCAACUUUGUCACCAACGGCGUGACCCGCGUCCCGAAGGCGGUCCGUGCGCAGACACGUGAGCUGGUGCACCAUUUCCUGUUCGCGACGGAGCACCUGAUGAAAACGGUCCAUCUGGACAAGGCAAAGAACGCAACGCUUUCGGAGACGAGCGGUUUGGUGCAUCGGAUCCAGCAUACGUACGACGAUCUACAAAACCAGACGAACCUGGCGCUGCACGGUCAGCUUUCGCUGGCAAAUAUUGAUCGGCAUGAUUUUAUCCAUUGGCUUUUGUUAAAAGUGGAACGCCUGGCUGUAUUCCUCUCCGGACGUCUGGAGGCGGAAAAGAUCACCACCAGCGGAAACCCUCGCCGACGCAUACAACCUCGACCGAACAGCAAUCCAAUGAACUCGAACAUAAACGGCGUUUGCUAGCAAACAGCUUGAGUUUGCGUGACUUUUAGUAAACCGAGAAGUUCUCAACUGAUGUCACGCCUAGGCUUAUAAAAAUCCGAGAGCUGAUCGGAAGUAGUUUCUUAAGUAAAGUGUUUUGUUUUUCACCCUACUUGUCCUGAAUGUUUAAAACCGGCAAACGUACCGAUAAAACCGAGUUUCUUUUUGUUUGAA